GCCAAACAGGAAGUUGUCAUCGAAGGAAAUCAGAAAGAGAGAAGGAACAGCGAGGGACCUAGAUAAAAGUAUUCUUCGUGGUGUCCUUUUGGCAUUUGGCGAUAUAGGAUUGUUUCACAUAUUUGUUCAUAAUAUGGACUUUACUAAAUUAUUGUCCAUAGCAGCCCAAAAACAGCAAAAUGCCGAAAAACAGCUUCCAGUCUCAAAGAAGUAUACUACAGAGCUAUCUGCACCACAGAAAAGGAAAAAGGAAGAGAAGGAUAAAUCUGAAGUUUUAAAGAAAAUGUUGGAGGAAAAAGAAGCAGAGAAAAGAAGAAGAGAAAGGGAGAAACGGAAACGUAAGGAAGCAGAAAUGAAAAAGCGAGAAGAAAAAGAGAGAGCAGAAAGAAAACAACAAGAGGAAGAAGAAAAAAGUAAACGAUUCAGGAUACCCAAGAAACCUAGGCCAUCAGAGUCCAGUACACUUGACCCAAGUGGCAGUUCUGAAAUACAAAAUAGACCCGACAGUAAAUCCAGCGAAAAAACAUCUUCAGGAGCUUCUAAGGACAAGUCGCACAGUGACAGGAAAGGCCACCAUAAAGCUGAAAGUAGCAAUUCAGCUGAGAAGGUGGUAAGUUCAAAAGACAAACACCAUACAGAAUCAAAUUCUACAGACAAGUCUAUAAAAGUGUUAAGUUCAAAAGAGAGGCCCAACAACACAUCUAGUCAUAAGGACAAUCCAUACAAAGAGUCAAGUUCAAAGAACAGUUCAUCUACUUCUAAAGAUAAACUACAAAAAGACACUGGUGCAAAAGAGAGUUUUAAAGAUAAGUCUAGUUUGAAAGAAAGUUCAAGAGACAAAUCUAAUUCAAAAGACAGUUCAAGGGACAAAUCCAGUUCAACGGAGAAUUCUAGAGAUAAGCCUAGUUCAAAAGACAGUUCUAGAGAUAAAUCUAGUUCAAAAGAAAGUUCUAGAGAUAAAUCAACUUCAAAAGAAAUUUCUAGAGAUAAAUCUACUUCAAAAGACAGUUCUAGAGACAAAUCAACUUCAAAAGAAAGUUCAAGAGACAAAUCUAGUUCAAAAGACAGUUCUAGAGAUAAAUCUAGUUCAAAAGACAGUUCUAGAGAUAAAUCUAGUUCAAAAGACAGUUCCAGUGAAAAGUCUACUUCAAAAGACAAGUCUAGAAAUAACACUCAAAGGGAGUCAAACUCCAAAGACAAAACUUCUAAGGAAAAAUCUGUGAGUGAGAAGUCACCAGGAAAUGAAGAGAGUGUGGCCGGGUCUGAACACGUAAUGAUGUUUAGUAAUCGUGAACACGAGACCAGUCGAUGGACCAGUAAACUUACGUCUGAGGAACAGCUUCGCAUCAGAGUUGAAUUUGAACGUAAAAAAGCUCGGUUGAAGGAGUCAUUGCAUAAAUCAAAAGAUGAAAGAAUAUGCAUUUCAGAAGUAAAACAGUCGGUGUUUUCAAAAAAGCCUCCCAAUGAGGCCAAGAAACGAAACAGGGAAGAAUCUGAAGAUGCAAGGAGACAAAGAAAAAUUGACGAACGACAGAAGAAAAUUGAUGAACGCAGACUGAAGAAUGAACAAGAGAUAGAACGAAUAAUGCAAGCUGAAAAUAAAGAUAAUAAAUCUGAGCACAAAACUUUGAAACAUUCCACAGACAAAGGAGGUAAAUCUAAUGGGACAAAAUUGGCAAAGCAUAAACACCGACCAAUAAAUCUCAACAAAAAUAAGCCACCUCCAAAAAUGAAUUUCCAGGAUAUUCUCAAACUUGCUCAAGAAAAAGCUCAAGAUCCUGUGGUGGCCCCUGUCCAAAAGAAAACUGAACCUGUUAAAGAAAAUCGUCCUAUGACGCAGGAAGAAAAAGAGAGAAAGGAACGUAAAACUACCAAGGAAUACAAGGACUGGUAUAAAUUUGGGAACAACAAGACGACAGCAAGUGUUCCUGAACAAAAGAGAACUGACUCGUACCAUCCCUCUAAAAGUGAGCAAACUGAAAGAAAAGUGGACUCUCAAAAGGGUAAUACUUCCUCAAAGUGUGAUCGACUGGACAGGAAAAUGGAUUCGAAAAGGCGUAGUGAUUCUUCUAAGAGUGAUAGAAAUGAACCAUCCUUUAAGAAACCCGCUCUGGCAGGGACAUCAGAGCGGAAACUUACAAUAAAUAAAACCCUGACUAAUGACAGAAUCAAACAAAAUGGUCAUUUACAAAAAGCUUCAACAUCAAUCAAUAGUUCAACUCUAACAAAAAAGAAAGGUUCUGUGGAAAAUUCCAAAAAGAGGCAAUCAUUUGACAUGUUUACAAAAAAGGAUGCUCUGGACUUUUCUAAAAAGCGACAUUCUUUGGAUUCAUUGAAAUCAUCAUCAUCUUCUCAGGUAAAGUCGAAUCAGGUAUCUGGUGCUAAAUCUAAUAAGCUCAACACAAGUGACUCCCGGAGCAUCAAACAGAACUCCAAUUCAGGUGAUGGCUCCAAAAAGAGAAAAUUGGAAGUGCCAUCUAGCUCUGCGAGAAAUUUACACAGUGAAAAUAAAAAAGCCAAAACCAGUGACAAACGCUACGACAUUACCAAUGAGAAUGUGCUUAUAUGUGGGCCAUCAAAUAGUAAACCUAAGGUAAAACAGGAAAUAUCGUCGUCAUCUGCUAACCCUUGGGAUAGGAUCUAUGGUCAAAUGAAGAAAGACAAUCCAAAACCAGUUAAGAAGAAGAAACAAGUAAUAGAAGAUGACUCGGACGAUCUGGAUGAGGAUUUAGAUGGAUUCAUAGAUGAUGAGGAUGACGUCAUUGAUGAUGAAAUGGACAUGGACUAUUCGAAACACAUCAAGGAGAUCUUUGGCUAUGACAAGUCCAAAUAUCGCUAUGAGAGUGACUAUGAGAUCAGUAACAUGGAGUCAAAUUUCAGAGAACAAAUGAAGGAAGAAGCCAGAAGUGCCAGACUUGGUUUACAAGAAGAUUUAGAGGACAUACGCAAGGAAGAAGAGGAACUCAAGCGAAAAGCACUCGCCAAAAAGAAAACUGGAAGAAAGUAGUGACCAUUCAACAGAGGGCAUUUAUAAACACUGUUGUUUAUGUUAUUACAUAUUUAUUUUGAAAAUUUAAGUUUUGUUAACAAAAUAUUAGUUACUUACUGUUCAAUACCUGCUACAUGUGGAAGAAUUCAGUAACGUGUCCAGGUUGUAAUCUUGUGUUGACCAAAAUACUGCUAAUGGAAGUGAUGAGUUAAAACUAUGAGUUUAUUCAGAUCAUUUCCUGUAAAAAUGGUGUUGAUGUUUUUCUGACAAGGAGAAAGCAAAGUAUUUUAUAAGUCAGAAUUCAGAACUUAACUCUAAUAGCUAAUAACUAUGACAGUCAAUACUAUGAAUGUAAAAUAUAUUCCAUUAUUUUAGAGAUUUAACAACUAUAACAAUCAGCAUUUAUUUAUUGAAAAUUUUGAUACAUUCCAUCCUAAGAUAUUCAUGACAGUUCAUUAUUUUUUAAACAACGAGUAAAAACAUACAAGUGGAGAAGGCUGAGUUCCCGUAGAGGAAUGGACUGGCUGUGAUAUCUUAUGUUAACCCUUUCACCCCUAUGUAACUUUAUUAAACUCUGCCAUGCAUUGAUCUAGGUGUGUCCAUUAAUGUCCACAGUGGUGAAAGGGUUAACCUGAGUCAUUUAAACUCCUCAGCAUUGAAUUAAAUUAUUUCAAUAGUGUAAAGAUCUAGUCUUAUCAUGUAAGAAAUCACUCACCAGUUGAUGACUGUUUAAAUAAUACUGACAUAUUUACUCAAACACUAUAACUAUUUCAACCAGUUUACUAUUGUUUGUUAGUGUUUUUAUUCAGAAAAUGGAUCAAGUAAUACUAUUUAAUCCAGUAUAACCUCGAUAUUAUUAUUUAUGUCACUUAACCUGAACAUAUCUCAAAGUUCCCUGUCAGAUUUACUUGUAAUUUCUCUAUAUGUAUCCUUCAAAGUACUGCCAACUGCUUAACAAUGUCAAAACUUUCAUCUUUUAGACAAGUGGUGGCCAUAUAACAUUUACAAAAUCAAAGUAAAAGUUCAUCGUAUUUCAGUGUAUCACUGAGUUUUGAAAUAGAUGGUUGGCUUGGAAAUAAUAGCCGGUUGAGUGUUCUCAUGCUAUAAAUAUAAUGUUGACCGAUAUGUAUUCGAAAAAAAAAAUGCCCGUUCCAAGUUGAUGAAUAGCAGGCAACUUUUGGCAGCAACCAGCUUUUAAUGAGAACACUGUUGUAUUUUCUAUGUCAUGUGUAACUUGUACAGGGAAUAUUUGAUAUAAAGCAAAAUGUGACAUUAGCAGAAAGAAAAGUAGGAUAUCAGUAGGUAUGUUACCUUUGAAAAUGUCAGAUUUCUAUUUCAAAAGUAAUUCUACAAAAUACACUUUUCGGUCAUAGCAUACAAACGGAUAUGGAUUGAAAAAUGGUGUAAGGAAAGCCUUGCGUUUAUACAAUUGUGACCUCAAGCUAAAUUAUAUUAAAUGAAAUCUGCAAAGUACAUACUACCCAACUGCAAGUGUGCCUUUAAAUUAGAAAGUAUUAAAUAAUCAUGUAAGGCGAAGUGGGAAAAUUACAUGUAAAACAAUAUGGAGUAAAAGAAAUAUGUAUUUUUACACAAAUAUGAAAUAUAUUGAAUACAAAUUGAUUUUUUUCAAAAUUGAAAUCUACUUGUUUUUGUGUUUUUUAUAAAUAUGUGAAAAGUUAUCUUGAACAUGUACUUUAAUUAUAUCUGAAACCUAUUUGAGGGUAUCCGACAAUUUUUGGAAUUCCACAGUACACCUAGCUAUCUUGUUGUUUUGUAAUUAUAGAGCAAAUACAGUAAACCUAGCUGUUGACUUAUCGGGCCAAUCUUGGUAAUUGUGUGUUGUAUGUAUAACUAAUAUAUUUGUCAAGUCAUUCAUUCUCUAGCUUCCAAGUCUAGUUUUGUAUGUGAUAUAUUUACCUGGUAUAGAAUGUUUAAACCAUUCUGUUCAGUUGAUUCCUUAAUCUGAAGCCUUAAAUUUAACACUGCCAUAUAUAUAACGAUUGAUGAAAUACUGAUCUUCCAGAAAAGAAACUAUUAUGUUUAAUAAUACAGGUAUUAGAUUUAUGCAUAACAUUAAUUCGUCUUCCUUAAUCAUGACAAAAACUUAACUUCAAGAAUACAUAAAAUCGGAUUAUUCGUUGAUGAAGACUUAAGCUUCUAACUGAUUUUCCUGCCCAAUUGAACCGUAAAUAUGAGGACUUUUUAUGUACUUGUCAAAAUAUCUGACAGAAAAUAGGGCAUGGUCUCCUUUACAUUGUCUUUUGUAGCUAAGGCAAGCUAUUGCUACCACUUUCAAUUAUGAGCUCUUUGAAAAAAGGACUUGAUAUCAUUGAUUUCCUCGGUAGAACAUAGGAUCCUUCUUCAAUGGGAUCUGUUGCUUGAAUUUGGGUCACAAAUAUUUUGCUGUAUAGCACUUACUAUUUUUGGUUGAAAUAGUAGAGUGAAAAAUAUGACAUAUUCUAAGUGGUUUAUCAAAAACACAAUUGCAAUAAUGGUGAACAUUUGUAAAAUACAAUUUUGCGGUAAGUUCAGAGAGCUAUAUAUUACAUGUAUAGAAAUGCCAGUCGGAACUCAGUGUUAAGGUACACAACAAUACUGCCCACUAAUUGGCUGAAGUUAACUCAAUAUUAAGGUACACAACAAUAGUGCCCGCUAAUUGGCUGAAGUUAACUCAAUGUUAAGGUACACAGCAAUACUGCCCACUAAUUGGCUGAAGUUAACUCAAUGUUAAGGUACACAACAAUACUGCCCACUAAUUGGCUGAAGUUACCUCAAUGUUAAGGUACACAACAAUACUGACCACUAAUUGGCUGAAGUUAACUCAAUGUUAAGGGACACAACAAUACCGCCCACUAAUUGGCUGAAGUUAACUCAAUAUUAAGGUACACAACAAUAGUGCCCGCCAAUUG